AGUACUUCCUGACACCGACACACAACAACAUCACCCCUCACCCACACCUCGCCGUCCGUUACCAUUCCAACGUCGCGUUCUUUCGCAUCUCAAAGCCUACUUCCUGCUAACCACGACUCUGUUCGUUGCCGAACCUUCGAUUCUAGAUAAAGACCGUAAUCAGGUUUCGUCAACAUGGGUUACGAAGACUCUGUCUACCUCGCUAAGCUCGCCGAGCAGGCUGAGCGUUAUGAAGAAAUGGUCGAGAACAUGAAGACUGUCGCAUCUGCCGACCAAGAGUUGUCAGUCGAGGAGCGAAAUCUUCUGUCAGUUGCCUAUAAGAAUGUUAUUGGUGCUCGCCGCGCGUCCUGGAGAAUCGUCACCUCGAUCGAGCAGAAGGAGGAAUCGAAGGGCAACGAGAGUCAGGUCGCUCUCAUCAAGGAGUAUCGCCAAAAGAUCGAGAACGAGCUCGGUGGUAUCUGCGAGGAUAUUCUUGAGGUGCUUGACAAGCAUUUAAUUCCAUCUGCCCAGAGCGGCGAGUCUAAGGUCUUCUACCACAAAAUGAAGGGUGAUUACCACCGCUAUCUUGCUGAAUUUGCCGUCGGCGACAAGCGGAAGUCUUCGGCCGACAAGUCUCUUGAGGCCUACAAGGCCGCUACCGAAGUUGCCCAGACCGACUUGGCCCCAACGCACCCCAUUCGACUUGGUCUUGCCCUCAACUUCUCCGUCUUCUACUACGAGAUUCUCAAUGCCCCAGAUCAGGCUUGCCACCUUGCCAAGCAGGCUUUCGAUGAUGCCAUUGCCGAGCUCGAUACGCUAAGCGAGGAGAGCUACAAGGACUCCACGCUGAUCAUGCAACUCCUCCGAGACAACCUGACUCUCUGGACCUCAUCCGAGGCUGAGGCUGCUGCGACUGAGGAGAAGCCUGCUGAGGCCGCCGAGGCACCUGCGCCUGCUGCAAAUGAGGAGGCUAAGCCAGCCGAGUAAAUGCUUUGUUCUUAGCAUCCGGGGGGCUUGUCGGGCGCAAAGGAAGGACGCGCGGAUUCAUGAAUGCUAGUAGACUUGUGCAAUCGUCUCACCACAACACACUCACCAUUACGACGCAGUCACCAAUUGACGGAAAACCUGCUCAUUGCCACCAUCUCUCUAUCGUAGAAGUUUUGCUCUUUCCAUUUCUGCAUUUUUUUGUUAGUAUCGAGAGAGAGGAGUCUUUGCAACAGGUGGACUAGCAUCUGGCUGUUAUCCUCCUCUUAGGUAUCGUCAGAAGAAGAAGAAAUGAAAGAGGUUCAAUUGUCUUCGAACGAGAGAGCCGGAAUGGGGCUCUGAGUUGUCUUUUUCCUGCUCUUACCUACACCACACCUAGAAAGCAACCGAAAACCACACGUUGACCAAUCGAAUAAAACCUUCAAACCUUAAAGA